CUAAAGCAGCACCGGGUCCGAACCGGAUGUUGUCCGAAUGUCAAAGAUGGCUCUUCACGUGCAUUGACGGUAAAUAUCACGGUACUUUCUGUCCAACGAGAGUAAAAGAGCCGGUUUCCAUGGUCUAUAGGGACAUAACGCGUUACCGGGCACAUUGACUGCACUUAUUUUAAUUUAUGAGGUGAACACAGUCGAGGAGGAGAUGGCUUUGAGUGAAAUGAGUCGCGGUGUACGGCGGCUGGUAGGUCACAUUCAACGAUGUCGUCCGGUCACAGAGACAGCUCGGUGUCUGAGUCACGGAGCCUCUCAGCCGGAGCCCCGAGCAGAUGAAAAUGAAGAAGUGAACCCGACCUUUGUGAACAGAAACCCGCGGAACCUUGAGCAGAUGGCCCUGGCUGUGAAGGACCGGGGCUGGAAAACGACCUGGCCCCACCGCCAGUUCUACCACAGGUUGCAGUUUUCUCGCUCCCAGCACCAUGUGACGGCUCAGGUGUUCUCCAGCAGCUCACCUGACCCCGUGCUUACCUGUUCGACCAAAGAGUGGGCCCUGAAGAGGGAGCUGCCUUCCACGACCUGUGUGGCAGCGUGUCAGGCUGUGGGCGAGGUGUUGGCACAGCGAUGCCAGCAGGCCGGCAUCACCAGGAUGGUGUACAGGGAGAUUCCCUGGACAUACCGCUCUGAUGCUGUUCAAUCUUUCAGGGCAGCAAUGAAAGAGGGAGGAGUCGUUCUCAGUGAACCCAGGAGGAAAUACAUCAGUACCUGAAUUUAGAUGUCAUCUUAUUACACCUGUGUAUCCCUUGCUCUCUGCUCUUUUGUUAAUUAUGACUGUACUGAUAUCAAGACGACGAGCGCUACAGUGAAGGACAAUAUAAAGAGAAUCAAAAUGAGUGAUGAGAGUAAGGUUGCUUGUCCCUGUGCUUUCUCUUGUGGAUAAAAUGUCUCUGAACAGAC